GGUGUUCACAGCAGAGAGAAGGCGCGAGACGGUGAGGACGGAGGGUGUCCGGCGCCCGGCCACACGCCAUCCGAGCGAACCGCGAGGACCACACUGGCCCCGCUGCUGAGGCCCCGCCUCUCGGACCUCGGGACUAAUCGGAUUGAAAGCGCGCCGGCCCCGGGCCCCGAACUCGCCAAUUGAGGAGGGCGGCAGUCACCGCCCAAUCCGGGGCAGACAGGUGCGAGGUCCGGAAGGUGCAGGCCAAUCGGCAGCGGUUGCGGCCUGCGGGGGCUGGGCUCAGCCAAUGAGGAGGCUCGAGUGACAGCUGAGCGCGCCAAUCGAGAGUGAGGAGCGGUCGUGGCCGCCCGCCCUUCCGGCCGGAGCUCUAUUUACCAGGGGCGUGCAGCCUGCUUGCCAAUCAGAGUGCGGCUGAGCGGCCGGACAGCCAACCCCGGAGGAGCGGCCGGCUGGCGGCCGCCGCACCUAGGAGUUGGGAUGUCCUACAAACCCAUCGCGCCCGCCCCCAGCAGUACCCCCGGCUCCAGCACCCCCGGGCCAGGCACUCCGGUCCCUACAGCCGGAAGUGUCCCAUCGCCAUCGGGCUCCGUGCCAGGAGCUGCAGCUCCUUUCAGGCCACUGUUUAACGACUUUGGACCGCCCUCCAUGGGGUAUGUACAGGCGAUGAAGCCGCCUGGUUCCCAGGGCUCUCAGAGCACCUACACGGACCUGCUGUCUGUCAUAGAGGAGAUGGGCAAAGAGAUCCGGCCCACCUAUGCUGGUAGCAAGAGUGCGAUGGAGCGCUUGAAGAGAGGCAUCAUCCAUGCCCGGGCACUGGUCAGAGAGUGCUUGGCAGAGACAGAACGCAACGCCCGCACGUAACAGGAAGCACCUUGGCCUUUUCGUCGGGACCUUUCCGGCCACUGCAGAGCACCUGCUUCUCCUUGGCCUUCACCCCAAGUUGCUUCCUAUCCUGGGCUUCCUGUCCUGUGUCCCUCGGUGGGCGUCCUCCAGGAACCAGGUAGCAGAUCUUCCUCCAGUUGGCUCUACAAACUGGGCCCCUCCCUCUGCAGGAGUGAGCGGAGAGGCCACCGUGGGCCACCCAUGACCUGCUCACAGUGCUGAGCCAACUGUAGCCUGCUCCUGUGUGUGGCCCCACCACAUCGCACUUACUUCUUAACUCUGUAGUCCAGGCUUCCUCCUCCCUGUCCAGCUGGAGUGCAGCGGGUCUCCCUGCCUCAUCUCUGGGGCCACAGCCAACUUUUUUUGGUGUGUCUUUUACUAAAUAUGCCCUUUUUAUAUAAAUAAAAGAUGAUUUGGAGUCAUUCUCUCA